CAGACACCGGAACACGACAGUAGAAACUACUUCGAGCUAGGUCGGUGAAUAUCAAUUAAGUGAAAUAACGGUCAAAUAAGACUCCGAUUCACCCUGUGGUGAUGUCCUGUAAAACCAGUCCAAGUUACAGCGUAAUGAAAUCCGUUGCUGGAGUUAUUGGGCAAGUAAGAACUAAAUUGUCUACAUUUUAUCGCCACGUUUGCUUACAAAGACGUGAGCAGAAAUUAGCGCUGCUACUACUUCUAGCAUUGUUUAUUUGCUACUCCGUUUUAGCGAGCCGCAUUAAAAACGCGAGUAGCAUUAUUCCUGAAUAUAAAACUGUCGAAACGGAAGAUGACAAGUUCACUACUAAUGACACUGUACCUCUGCCAUGGAUGCCUGAUUCGCUCGCUUUGAUGUAUUCCGACGGCGCAAUAUUCAACAUGGCGGAUGACAAUAUUUCCCUCUUGGUAAUUUUUCCUUUUUCAUCGAAACAGAGCGCUGACAUUUCUCAGAAUGAUAAACGAUUUAUUUUGAAGUUGAGCCAUUUUCUUGGUUCAAUGAAGGAAUUCCACGGCGCGACUUGUUUGGAAGAGCCUUUAACACACAGCACAGAAAGAGAUAGACCGAAACACAAAGAACGAAAACCCGUCGGACAUAUAUCGGUGGAUUCGUCUUGGUGUCGAUUUAUCACAAAAAACUGGAGCGUUCACAUUAGAGACACAGGCCCGGUUCAAGAGAAUUUCCUACCAGUCGAAUCUAGGAGCUCGGUGGAUUCGGAACUGACUGCAAUACAAAGUUGUAACAUUCUACAAGGGCCAUUCAUGAUAAGAAAAGAUAUAUUUCAUAAACUAGGAGGAUUACUAGACGGUUUUGGAAGAAUGACCCUGUUGGAGUUCUUUCUUCGAUCAAAGGGCGAAUUGAAGAUGGCUAAGCUGGCAAACUGCGUGUGGACACCCGAGAUUAAGCGCGCGGAUCGAGGAGCUCUGGAAGGAUCAAACAGAGUUCUCGAAUAUGCAUCCUUUGCUAACAAACACAGGAUUCUUCGCAUUGUAACAGAAAACAGAAUCGAGUGGACAGCUUGCGUAGCAAACUGGAAAUUGUGCUCGGAAAAACCAUACGUUAGGCCACGAGACCUUCCCAGCAUAGCAGCACCCAUCUGCUGCAGCGCCGUUUUAGGAAAAAUGCUGAGAGAUUUGAAAUGGGCUUUGAACACACUUAGUGUGGAAUACCGUGUAGUUUAUGGAACUCUGUUAGGCGCUGUCAGAAGUCAGGCCAUUAUUCCAUGGACAUUUGACAUUGAUAUUGCUCUACCAGAGUCGUCUUUUUACCGAAACACUUUAACGUUUUCCGCUCUUCAAAAACUGCUUGGAAAUCAGUAUUACGUGGGAGAAUCCUUCGAUAUGCAGAGGGCCCACUUGCUUCUGCCGCCUUAUAUAGACGUAAAUACGACUGCCUACUUUGACGGGCCCGAUGAUGUAGACGGGAAUGCGUUGUUUAGCGAUGAGCUGGAGGAAGCAGUGAAGGGUAUGCUGCCAGUGUCACUCGACUGGAGAGAACGCGGUUAUGUUGAUUUUUAUGAAGCUCAUGCCGAAUGGAUGAAGAGUUCUUCUCUUGUCACCAUUAACAAUGAACAGUUUAAAACCGUGAAAGAGACUGAUUAUGAGUUAACUAACUGGUAUGGUGAGAAUUACCUACAACCGGCGCUCAAAAGAAACUGGACGGGUUUGUCAUCAUCAAAUCAUUGCCCGAAGCUGCAAGGAAAUGACUUUAUUUUGAUUUUGACUUCUCUUUUCUGGUCCUUGCUGAGCUAUAGAGUUUCCUUUUUUAGUUAUGAUACAUCAUUUUUUUUUACUAAAUAGCUCACAAGGAAAUCUGGUUUCUCGACAAUAUAUCAUGACAAUUUCUUGAAAUGAGUUACAUGUCGUGAAGCAGAUUUUGUUUCACAGCAGCGUAAACUUUAUUGGAUAUCUUCGUCAGGCUUACAGAGCUGGUUUUCUAAGUCUUCCAAGUGUCUUCAAGUCUUCAUGAUCUUGGUGUAGGUCCUGAUGAAAAGCGAAUUAAGUCUUAGACUGAGAGAUCAUGGAAAUUUGAGUUUAAACUCACGGUUCAUGGUUUACCAGUGGUUUUUUUUUUUCGUAGAUUUGUCGGCGACAAGACCCAAGCUUCCACUCAGCCAAAUUUUGAGUGACGCAACCCGUGAUGUUUACUCGCCAAAAGCUGUUGAAAAACCCAGCGCUCGUCAAAAAUUAUAUUUUUUCACCAGAAAUUUAGCUCGGAACAUAUACAUAUUUAUAUUCGUUUGAAUCGUCGAUGAAAUAACCUUUUCCGGAUAUUUUUACCUUCGGGGUCAACAAAAACCUCCGAUUACAAAAUCACGCCGAACCCACACGUUACAAAAAAAAUCUCUUCAAAACCCUGACUUCGAAGCGAUAUAACACUUCAGCGUUAAUAGCUACC